UUGCACUUCAGAGCUGGACGGUCUGAACGACAGCAUCAUGAGUCUGAGGAAGAAGGGCACCGGCCACUCCAGGCUUUACUCUGCAGGAGGCUCUGUCAGCAUACCUACGGGAUCCAACUCCAACCCUAAGAACAGAACCAACGAUCUCGUGACCCCUGUGACCUUCAACAAGAGCCUGCUGGACCCUGUGAAGACAGAAAUCGACCCGGCCAUACAAGCUCUUCGCACCGAGGAGAAAGACCAGAUCAAGGGUCUCAACAACCGCUUCGCCUCGUACAUUGAGAAUGUUCGUUUGCUGGAGCAGCAGAACAAGCUGCUGGAAACCAAGUGGAGUCUGCUGCAGCAGGGCACCGUUAACUGCUCUGAAGUCGAGCCCUUCUACAAAGCCUACAUUGCCGCCCUGCAAAAACAACUGGACGCCCUUGAUAAUGACAAAUUAAAAUUGGACACAGAGAAUCAAGCUGUACACAGAACACUGGAUGAGUUCAAAACAAAAUACAAACAGGAGAUCAACAAAAGGGAGAAUGCAGAGAAUGAGUUUGUCAAGCAUAAAAAGGAUGUGGAUGAAGGAAUUCUCUCUAAGGUGAACCUAGAAAGCCUGCUUUUCUCACUGAAAGAUGAGCUUGGCUUCCUCAAGAUGGUAUAUGAAGAGGAGCUGAAGGAGCUGAAGAAUAGCGUAAAAGACACGUCGGUGGUGGUGGAGAUGGACAACUCUCGUAACCUGAACAUGGAUCAGAUCGUGGCUGAGGUCAAGGCUCACUAUGAGAGCAUUGCUUCUCGUAGUCGAGAGGAAACUGAGUUCUGGUACAAGGCAAAGUUUGACCAGAUGACAACUAAGGCGAACCAGUAUGGCUAUGAGCUGCGAGCUAACAAUGAGGAAGUAGCUGAACUCAAACGACUGAUCAGCCGCGUUCAACGUGAAAUUGAGAACGUGACAGCCGAGAAUGAAAAGCUGAAUAGAAGCAUCCCUGUUAUGGAAACCCGAGGAGACCAGGCGGUGCUGGAUGCUGCAGCCCGCAUCAAGAACCUGCAGGACGCUCUGAAGAAUGCCAAACAGUGCAUGGUCAAACAAAUCAAAGAGUACCAGGAGCUCCUGAGUGUCAAGAUGGCUCUCGACAUCGAGAUAACCACCUACAAGAAAAUGUUGGAAGAAGAGGAAAAAAAACUUGUAUAUGGCUCUGUUUACAACAUCCAGUUGGUGCAAUCUGUGCCCACGCCUCCCAAACCUGUUCAAGAACAACCUUCUCCGCAGCCGCAAGCGAAAACCCUUCGGAGGCAAAAGUCAAACCCAGUUGUCAUCAAGACAGUGGAGACCACAGACAGAUCCUCCUACAAAUGAGGACCUGCUGAAUCCCCACAGACCUCACAUCCUUCUUCUUUAUGUUCAAACCUUUGUGUUAUCUGCUGUAAGCUAAUACUGAUGACUCGUGUUGUAUUUGCUUAAUUCUCCUUUGGAGGGAAGUUUUGUGUGCUGAAAAUAAAAAUCUUUUUAAUGAC